AUGGAAUGUGAAAUAUUUUUAUCUCUUUUUAUAAAAAUUCUUGAUCCUGAUAAUCCAUUGUGGCAACGUGUUAUUUCAAUGGAAAUUUUUCGUGGCAUAUGUGUAGAUGGUGAAUUAUUGCGUUCAAUAUAUCGUAAUUAUGAUAAGAGUAGUCAUUCAACAAAUGUAUUUCAUGAUAUGAUUAAUUCUUUUGGAAAACUGGCUGCUGAAAAACCUCAAACUUUGAGCACCGGGAUACAUUCAUUUAUAGGUAAUUUACAUCAAGGUAGAGAAAGCAUAGAUAUUACUGGAAUGGCAACUGCUGCAAUAGGAAAUUCUGUUCAUGGUGAAUAUCCUUCUAUGACUGUUGUAAAUUCAACAAUGAAAGUACAAUGUAUUGAUCAAUUGGAUAAAAUAGAUCCACCUCAGAUUCCUGACACAUAUCAACAUUUUCUUGCACUUGUGUGUCUCAAUUCUAUAGCAGAUGGUCUUCAUAAUUUUGUUUUUACGAUAUUUUCAGAAGUUCUCCAAAAACAACCAGAUAAAGUAUUGUUAGAACGUCAACUUUCUACAUCAACUAUUUCAGGGAAUUCUACCCAUUCUCAAGAUUCUUCUAUAAGAACACAUGCAAGUCAACAACACGCGACUUUUAGUGCAACUACUUUGAAACAAUUGGAGUCACAUGCGUUAUAUAACGAAGUUCUCCUGGUCAAAGAGAUAGCAAAUACAGCAUGGCCCGGUUUAUUGGCUACGCAAUCUUUCUUCCUUACAAUAAAUAUUGACGAUGAAUUAUUUCAAGGUGUUUUGCGAGCUUAUCAGAAUUUUACUAUUGUAUGUGGCAUUCUGCAACUUACAACUCCUCGUGAUGCUUUUUUAACCAGUUUGUGUAAAGGUGCUGUACCGCCUAAUAUAAUCUCUGCUUUUUUGGCAGAAAGCAAAGCGAUUCAUACUGCUGGAACUACGACCAAUCACGACAGCUCUUUUGGUGUUACAUUAUCAGAUAGAAAUUUAUCAUGUUUAAAAAUACUUUUGAACAUUGCACAAUAUCUCGGUGGAGUUUUGGGUGAUUCAUGGUAUUUAGUGUUAGAAGUCUUGCAUUUAGCUGAUUUGAUAUUAUUUCCAAAACAUGGAAGAAGUGGAUCCAGAAGUACUAGAAGAUUAGGUUCUCAGAACACAGCAUCAUCAUCUACAACUUCAUUGGCCAAUUCUUUAACACCUAGAAGUUCUUCAUCAUCUAUUCAUCAAACAACAUCAACGGCACAAAAUAUAAAGCGAAAUUCUACCGUUAUCACAUCCUCUCAAGAUGCAUCAUCAUUAUCUAAUAAUCACUCUAACCAACUUUCAGCAAUUGAAAAUGAUUUAAAUAUUUUAUUGACACAGAUUAAAAAAUUAUUUGAUAAUUGCAGGUUCCUUGAAGAUGAUGCAUUGAAAGCUUUCACUAGAUCUCUAUGUAAGCUCAGUUUUGAUACAAUUGGAAUACCAUUUGAUGGUAAAAUUUUUUCAUCGAUAUCAUCGUCAUCAGAAAAUAAGACACCAAAAUCAACUACACUUGGAAUUUUAAAGGGGAAUAGGUCAGAUGAAAGAUCAUUUGCAAUCGAUAAAUUACGUUCAGUAGCACUAUUAAAUAUAAAUAGAGUAAUUGUUCAGGAGCCUUCUCUUAUAUGGGACCUAAUUAUUUCACAUCUAAUCAUCAUAGCAAAUUAUAUUUCAACUCCACAGCUAAUCCGUUUGCAAGCUUGUGAAACUUUAGCAGACAUUGUUAUUUCAUCAAUGAAUUAUGCAGAAUCUGUACAAAUGGAAAAUGAUGAGCGAAUUCAAAUGCAAUUACUUCUUGCCAUUAAUCAAUUAGUUAAUAAUUUAGAAAGAAAUCCUCAAACAAAUAAUAAAGGAUUUUACAUUGAAGUUCAAAAAAUGGGUUUGGAAACAUUAAAUAAAUUAUUGCAGAAUUCAGGACAUUCAUUCACUUACGGAUGGGGAAUGAUUUUUGAUAUGAUUAAAAGUGUAUGUACAAUUAAUUUAACUCCAUUAGAAAAUGACGAAGAUGAAAGCUGCACAGCCAGUUUAGAUAACAUUACCAUGGCAGAUAACUCAGCCCUUGGUAUUUCUAAUGUCAAAUCAUCUGGUUUGAUUCGUGUGGCAUUUCCUUGUUUGCAGCUAAUUUGUUCGGACUUUUUAUCGUUGCUUUCACCCGAGUGUUUGAAGCAAUGUAUAAAUACAUUAGGCGCAUUUGGUUUACAGGUGGAUGAUUUAAAUAUUAGCUUAACAGCCGUGACAUUAUUAUGGAACAUUUCUGACUUUAUACAGACCAAAAAAUCAGAACUGCUAAAAACCCAAGAAGAUCAAGAUGAAUGGGAGCUGAGUAAAAAUACUAUGAAUGCUCUUUGGAUGUUAUUAUUGUUACGACUUGCAAAGAUUUGCUCGGAUGUUCGAUUUGAAGUAAGGAACGGUGCAAAUCAAACUUUAUUCCGUACUAUAGAUAUGAAUGGGUCCUUAUUAGGGACUCAGAUAUGGCGUGCGUGUAUUUGGCAAGUUUUGUUUCCUUUGUUAAAUUCGGUUAAACAUGCAUCUGAAAAAGCUGUUAAAGUCAUGAAUCAACAAAAUCAUGAUGCUUUGAAUGAUAAACUUUCACCAUCACAAAAAGAAUUUACUGGUUUUAUGAUACAUCAUUCCCGUAAUACUGCAGAUAAACAAUGGGAUGAAACAAAAGUUCUGGUAUUAAGUGGUAUAUCUGGUAUUUUUAAAAACUUUAUACAUAUUCUGGUAAAUUUAGAUGAUUUUAAUCAAGCUUGGAGUUUUUUCCUUUCGCAUUUACAAGAUUCUUGUCUACAUUUUAGUCAUGAAGUAGCCAUUUCGGCUAUUAAAUCAUUACACACUAUGAUUCAAUUUACAAAUGAUGAUGUUCAUAAUGGUGAAUUGAAAGAAAUAAUUUUUCCAUUGUGGCAAACUGCAUGGGAAACAUGGGAAAGAAUUGGUUUAGCUAUUAUCACAAACUCAAACCACGAUAGUAACAAGAAAAAAAUAGAAACUGUUGAAACAUCAUCCAAAGUAGUCUCGUCAAAAUUCGACCAAGAUACCCUCACGGCAUUUAUUUUGACUUUUAUCGAUUUAUACAAUGUGAUUCGGACUGAUUUUGAGAUUAGUAAAAUAAAAAGAUUAUUAGAAAUCACUUAUGGGAUUUUGACUUACCCCUAUAGUCCUUCAUACAGACCUGAUUAUGAUUAUCUAACUCCUUUGCAAGAAGCAGUUUUGGAAGUAAUCAAUAAAUUAGAUCUAAAUGAAUCAGGUGCUCCUGCAGCAGUUUUAAGUAGUUUAGCAGAUUAUGCGACAUUGGCAUUUUUGGGAAAAUAUAAAGAAGAAAAUGGUCAUAAUAAAAAUAUUAAAGAGGAUAUUGGAUCUUUUGUACAAACCACCACUGUUAUUAAUACUAAUACUACUUCUGCUAUCACCAACAGCAAUACUACUUCAUUUAAAGAAGGAAUGUUUUCCAAAAAAUCUUAUGAAACAAUUACUUAUAUUGUAUUUUCUAAAACUGUGAUGCGUACUAUUAAAGUUCUGUUCAAUAAAUUUAAUAAUGAUAAAGGAAUAUAUUCAGAAGGAGUAUUUGCAAAAAUUAUUUGGGUAUGA